GGCUAGUGCCGGUUCGCUAGUGUCCAGUGUCCUUUCGCUCCCUCGACGAGUCCGUCACUCUCUCUUUCCCCCAAAAAUCUUUAAAGAACUCCCUCCCUUCUUCCCCCUACCUUCUCUGUCUCUCAGCCCCUUCACCAACCCGCUUACCAAACCCUUUCUCUCUCUCUCUCGCUCUCUUUCUCUCUUCGAAGCAGCUAUGGAAGCUUCAACGGCUCUAUCGCGCAUAGGCCUAGCAGGCCUCGCCGUGAUGGGCCAGAACCUCGCUCUCAACAUCGCCGACAAAGGCUUCCCAAUCUCCGUGUACAACCGCACAGCUUCCAAAGUUGACGAGACCGUAGAUCGAGCCCACAAUGAAGGAAACCUCCCUUUGUUCGGCCAGUACAACCCUCGCGAUUUCGUGCUCUCAAUCAAACGGCCCAGAUCCGUAAUCAUCCUCGUCAAAGCUGGAGCUCCGGUGGACCAGACGAUCGCGGCUUUAUCCGACCACAUGGAGCCCGGUGACGCAAUCAUCGACGGUGGUAACGAGUGGUACGAGAACACCGAGCGUAGAAUCCAAGAGGUCACGCAAAAUGGUCUUCUUUAUCUGGGCAUGGGUGUCUCGGGCGGCGAAGACGGUGCUCGAAAUGGACCUUCGCUUAUGCCAGGUGGGUCUUUCGAGGCCUACUCUAAUGUCCAGGACAUUCUCAAGAAAGUCGCUGCUCAAGUCGAAGACGGUCCGUGUGUGACUUAUAUUGGCGAAGGGGGUUCUGGGAACUUCGUGAAAAUGGUCCACAAUGGAAUUGAAUACGGUGAUAUGCAGCUCAUUUCGGAGGCUUAUGAUGUUUUGAAGAAUAUUGGAGGGUUGUCAAAUUCAGAGCUUUCCGAGAUUUUUGCAGAGUGGAACAGAGGAGAGCUCGAGAGCUUCCUGAUUGAGAUAACAGCGGAUAUAUUCAAGGUUAAGGAUGAACAUGGUGAUGGGGAAUUGGUGGAUAAGAUUUUGGACAAGACAGGGAUGAAGGGUACUGGGAAAUGGACGGUGCAACAAGCCGCGGAGCUUUCGGUGGCGGCGCCAACUAUCGCAGCUUCGUUGGAUUGCAGGUACUUGAGCGGGUUGAAGGAGGAGAGGGAGAAUGCCGCUGAGGCUUUGAAAGAGGCAGGGUUGAAGGAGGAAGUUAGUUCUGUGAAAAGUGGGGUCGAUAAGAAGAGGUUGGUUGAUGAUGUUAGGCAGGCUCUGUAUGCUUCAAAGAUUUGUAGCUAUGCUCAAGGAAUGAACUUGUUGAGGGCCAAGAGCGCUGAGAAAGGUUGGAACUUGAAUUUCGGUGAGCUGGCUAGGAUUUGGAAAGGUGGGUGUAUUAUAAGAGCGGUGUUUUUGGAUAGGAUCAAGAAGGCUUAUCAGAGGAAUCCCAAUUUAGCAAGUUUGGUUGUUGACCCUGAGUUUGCUAAAGAAAUGGUUCAGCGCCAAGCAGCUUGGAGGAGAGUUGUGGGGUUGGCAAUAUCGGCAGGGAUUAGUACUCCAGGAAUGUGUGCCAGUCUUUCCUAUUUUGAUACUUAUAGGCGGUCAAGGCUUCCUGCGAAUCUUGUUCAAGCUCAGAGGGACUUGUUUGGAGCACAUACCUAUGAGAGAAUUGAUCGCCCUGGUUCAUUUCAUACCGAGUGGACAAAGCUUGCUCGACAGAAGGUAUUCACAAGGAAUUGAACUAGGACGAUUGCACUUGAUAACAAUGCCAUGGUUUUCAGCUUCUGGGGUCAUUAAUACGAGUACUAGUCUACCUUGUUAUUUGUAUUUGUAAUGAAAUUCGGUUUGAUUCAUAUAAAUUUUUUUAUUGGGAACGAAAAUGACAACAGAGUAUUGUUAUAACGUUAUUGUUCUCACAGAAGUUUGGUUGUCA